UGGGGUAUAUAGUUCACAUCACAGACACACUGAUGCUCUCUUCUCUCCACAUCACCAACCAACCACUCGUCAGUCUCGACUUUCCUUCUCCCACAUAGAGAGAUGCUGACAAGAGUUGUGUUGGCGUUGUGUUGCGUGGCGGUGGCCCUGGCGGACACGCCGGCCAACUGCCUCUACGAGGACGUCCGCGGCACCUGGACCUUCUCGGAGACGGAACGGACAGGCGACCACACCAUCAACUGUGACGAGCUCGGCCCCAUCGUCCACACCAAGACCUUCACCCUCAGCUUCCCCAACGUCGCCAAAGAUGAGCUGAACAACGAGGGAACCUGGACCAUGAUCUACAACCAGGGCUUCGAGGUAAACAUCAACGAGCGCUCCUACUUCGCCUUCUCCUACUACGAGGGCGACAUGGACUCUGCGGUGUCCUACUGUGACCGCACCUUCAGCGGCUGGUCACGGGACAAGACCAUCAGGAACUGGUCCUGCUACACCGCCCAGAAACUAAACAAGACAGCUCCCCGUGUUACCUACAACAACCUGAAGGCGUUGUCUACCCGACUCUAUAAGAACGACCACAAGAUGAUAGAGGAUAUCAACGCCUCUCAGAGCUCCUGGAGGGGGAAGGCCUACCUCCAGCACGAGAGCUACACUGUGGAGGAGAUGUACCGACGUGCUGGAGGCCGCAGAACCAUCCGCCACAUACAGCCUAAACCUGCACCUGCCAGUCCUGAACAAAAGAGACGCGUCGCUGCCCUCCCGGAGAACUUCGACUGGCGUGACGUUGACGGCGAGAACUAUGUGUCUGAUGUGAGGGACCAAGGCGCCUGUGGCUCCUGUUACAUCUUCUCCUCCAUGGGUAUGAUGGAGGCCAGGGUGAGGAUCGCCACCCGCAACCAACGACAGGAUGUUUUCUCUCCACAGGAUGUAGUGACGUGUUCCAAGCUGUCUCAGGGCUGUGAGGGAGGCUUCGAGUACCUUGUAGCCGGCCGGUACGCCCAGGACCAGGGCAUUGUGGCCGAGAAGUGUAACCCUUAUAAGGCAGAGGACGGCCCCUGCAACAGAGACCUGAGCUGUGAACUCACCUAUGUCAGUGAGUACGACUACGUGGGCGGCUUCUUCGGCGCCUGUAACGAGGAGGUCAUGAUGCUGGCGCUGGUGGAGAACGGCCCCAUCACCCUGGCCUUUAUGGUCUACGAUGACUUCAUGAGCUACAGCGGCGGCAUCUAUCACCACACUGGCCUCAGCAAUGGCUUCAACCCGCUGGAGGACACCAACCACGGGGUGUUAUUGGUGGGUUACGGUGUCGAAGCUGAAACGGGAGAGAAGUUCUGGUCGGUGAAGAACUCCUGGGGCCCCAAGUGGGGUGAGGAAGGUUACUUCAGGGUGAGGCGAGGCACCGAUGAGUGUGGCGUUGAAUCUGAAGCCACCCAGGUCACCGUCAUCCCCUGAGAAGCCACCCAAGCGACCACCAUCCUCCUAGAAGCCACCCAGGCGACCACCAUCCUCCGAGAAGCCACCCAGGCGACCACCAUCCCCUGAGAAUUAUUACCUCAUGAUGCAUAAUGGAAUAAACUAUUAAAAUUACCAAGUUGACUUUGAA